AUGCCAAGCACUCGCUCUAGAGGCGAAAGAUUGGUGCAACUAGUUAGCGAACCCGAACGUCUUUUAAGACGUAGAAAUUUAGAAAAUCAAUUAGAGAUUCCUCUUCCCGAUUUAGUUAUGGCUGAAGCCCAACAAGAACGACCACUAAGGUCCUACGCUAUUCCUUCGCAAGAAGAACCGCACAAUAGCAUCGCUGCCCCCGCUAUUGAAGCAAAUAACUUUGAGCUUAAACCUUCAUUGUUGUCGGCCGUACAACAAAACCAAUUCUCCGGAAACCCCACGGACGACCCCAAUUUACAUUUGUCCAUAUUCUUGCAAUACGCAGAUACCGUGAAGGCAAAUGGUGUUUGUCCCGAAGCUAUAAGACUUCGCUUAUUCCCAUUCUCGUUAAGAGAUAAAGUUAGAGCCUGGCUCCAGUCCCUACCAUCCAACUCAGUCGCAACAUGGAACGAGUUGAAGAAAGUCUUUUUAGCGAGAUAUUUUCCGCCUAGCAAAACUGCUAUGCUAAGAGCCCAAAUCAAUGGAUUUAGACAAAGAGACAACGAAUCUCUUUUCGAAGCAUGGGAAAGAUACAAAGAAAUGAUUAGUAUAUGUCCUCAUCAUGGGCUCGAAAAUUGGCUAAUUAUCCACACCUUUUACAAUGGUCUCUUGUAUAAUACAAGAAUGACAAUAGACGCCGCAGCUGGUGGCGCACUUAUGGAUAAACCAUACAACCAAGCCUAUCAGCUUAUCGAGAGCAUGGAUCAGAACCAUUAUCAGUGGGGAAACGAGAGAACAACAGUAGAGAAACCUCAAACGAAAGGUGGAAUGUACGAAAUCAGCAACAUGGACCACAUCAACGCCAAGUUAGAUGCCUUAACUCAAAAGAUAGAGAGUCUAACCAACGCACCCAAAGCCACCGUGGCUGCAACAAUACAAAAUUGUGAGUUGUGCGGAGCUCAAGGUCAUACUAUCGCUGAAUGUCGACUUCUAACCGAAGCUCCCACCGACCAAGUGAAUUACACUCAAGGGAACUCUUACAACCAAAACCAGAGAAAUCACCCGUACCUUUCGUACAAUAGCAACAACGCUUUAUAUGCACUUGGCCAAGCACCUACUCCUUCGCCACCAGGAUUCCAAAAACCUGCUCAAAAUGUUCCUAUGAAGUCAAACCUUGAAUUGAUGAUGGAGAACUUCAUAGCCGUACAAACUCAAACUAACAAGGAAGUCCUAAAUCAAAACAUACACACUAGUGAGCAAAUUAAGCAAUUAACAAGCAGGCUAGAUGUCUUGACCACUCACAAUAAGAUGUUAGAGACACAAAUUGCACAAGUGGCUCAACAACAAGCAUCUACCUCUGCUCCUGCAGGCAUAUUUCCUGGCCAGCCUCAGCCAAACCCUAGGGGACAUGUGAAUGCUGUUAUAUUACGAAGUGGGACACAAUACGAUGGACCAGCUGAUCCUAGAACUAAAAAUCCUGCCAUGCAACCCAAUUCCGAUAAGACAACCGAGAAGGAGAGGCAGUUUAAGAAAUUUGUAGAGCUUCUACAAAAACUAAACAUCACAAUACCUUUUACGGAAGCUAUCACACAAAUGCCCUCGUACGCUAAGUUUCUUAAAGAUAUCUUAACUAAUAAGAAAAAGAUCGAGGAAGAAGAAACCGUUAUGCUUACUGCCGAGUGUAGCUCGAUACUUCAAAAUAAUAUGCCUCCUAAGCUAAAAGACCCAGGAAGUUUUUCCAUACCAUGUGUCAUUGGAAAACAUGUCAUAGAUAGAGCACUAUGCGAUUUAGGAGCCAGUAUAAGCUUAAUGCCUAUGCCCAUAUAUGAAAAACUUAAGUUAGGAGAAUUGAGACCAACUAAAAUGUCAAUACAAUUCGCUGACCGUUCUGUCAAAUACCCCCUAGGUAUACUAGAAAACGUGCCAGUACGUAUAGGUCAAUUCUUUAUCCCAACUGAUUUUAUAGUCAUGGACAUUAGGGAAGAUUCCAAUACACCCAUAAUUUUAGGAAGGCCAUUCUUAGCAACCGCUGGUGCCAUAAUAGAUGUGAAAAAAGGAAAGCUCACAUUUGAAGUAGGUGAAGAAAAAGUUGAAUUUAUCUUAACACAAUUCAUGAACGCAUCGGCCAUUGAAGAUAGUUGCUAUAUGUUAGACGUCGUCAAAGAAUGUGGAAAAGAGAUGGAGAAAGAUAAAACCAAAAAUUCUGAAAUUCUAAAAACUCUCAUCCCUCCGACUCAUAAAAAUGGUAAUGACGACCUAGCUAAAUGUUUAAAGAAAAGCUCUUGCUAUAGACUCGACAUAGCUGAAUCAAAUGUCGAUAACACACCCUUUAAACGAGCACCUCCCGACAUACUAAAAGCCCACCCAGAAAGUAAUAUCUUCCAAAAUAAAACAUCUCCGUUUGCCUCCAAGAAAAAGAAAAGAAAAAGGAAAACACCUAUGAGAUGGUUUGACAUGUUCAAAUGGAGACCUAAGGAUGUUGGGCAUAAUUUUAAGAAUGUGAGUUUGGAAGAGGCACCAUACUAA